UGACCAUGCAAUGGAAGCAACUACAGGCGCGAAAGCGAGCCAAGAUGUCUUUAAGCAAGGUGGUCGAAUGGUGGUGGAAGCAGAGCCCAAAGGCAUGGUCGGACAAACAAAGAAUUUGGGUGCAGACAUUGUCGUAAUGCCUCCGGACCCAACACAGGCUCCCUUUAUAGUUCAUCAACCCAUGCACCAAGGGGCAAUCUCGAGCAAUCCGUUACACUCCUUUAACCAACGUCGACAAGAAGAACAGAUGUACGGAGAUCUGCAGCAACAAAAGCCCAGCCAAUUUUCACCACAGCAUCAGGCUCCCCCGACUGCUUUUGCCCCACCUCCGCCUCCGCCUCCUGCUCAGACUCAUAUGCCGGGUCCGCAUGGGGGGCUUCCACAGCAACAAUACUAUACUUCUCGAGUCCCGGUGGCCCAACAUCACCCAACGCUGCCUCAGCCACAAACAGAAAUUCAUCCCAAACAACAAUACUACGCAUAUCAACCUUCAAGGACCGUCCUGAUCUCCGGUCAAGAUCAAUAUGCAAACAAAGAAAAUAAAGCUGCUCGAUCGCAGGGUCGCCCAGGGGUCAAUGAGCCCUCUAAAGGUAUCGGAGAACAGGAGAAACGUCAAUAUGUCGCACAGAAACCAAGAAGGAAUUCACAAAACAUGCUGCAGGAAGAGAAACUUCACAGAAAGCAAAAGAAACCAAAAGCCGCACAUGCUAGCUCAUAUGCUCGAAUCAAUGAUUGGCUCGAAGAAAGUGAAUAUGAAAAGGAAAAUGAUAUCUUCGACAAAACCAAUGAUUCCGGAACGGACUCAACGACCAACACAAGCGUUGAUACUGACUGUAUCUCGCCCGAUUUGGCUCACCGACGUGGAAGCCUCUAUCGUGGUCACAGGACCGAACCUGUCUACAAGUGGCACCAGAGAAAGGCUCCGGAGGACACCUCUUCUUGCCUCAGUCGACGAGACCAAGACAUUAUCUCAGAAAUUUUGUCACAACUGAGCUUGCGGGAUCAGCUCGCUGCAUCUUCUCGUCAGGAAUCUUGCCCCCGUUUGAGAGAACAUGUUCUAGCACAAGUACGAAGAGCGGCAUUGCUCAAUAAGCAAAUAUUCCAGCAGCCGCUUCUCACGUCUCACCAUCAACAUCCAGGCAUCUUUCCUGAAGUCCCUUAUGCCUCACAUUACCUGGACAAUGAGAGAGGGCGCAGCCCAGAGAAGAGAAACAUGCUAGUACGACCGAAUAUUUCCCACGCAUAUAUGCAUGUUGACCCGCGGGAUAUAACCGGACGGCGACGCGCAGGAGUGCCUGUUCAAUGCAGGCCCGCAUCGGUAGGCCGGCUAUAAUUAUUCGGAGAUCCAAUUGCAAUAUUCGCGCGCCAUUUCACUAGCUUACUCCACCAGCUUAUAUGUUGUUCAUGCAACGCAGAGAAAGCAAUAUUCUACCAAUUUUGUUGAACUUUAUUGGAUUGAUGCCAUCUAAUCGCAUUGUUUAGGGGCAGUUUUGAUGAUUUGUAUACCAAAUUACGAUUUCGUUCUAUCCCAUUCCAAGUGCUGUCAUGUUGUUUCGUUGAGGGUUCGCUUGGCGAACUAAACUAAUGGAAAUAGCAUCAUUAUGGUGUAUGGCAGAGCGUCAUAGCAAUAGGAAUGAAGCUUUUUGACUCCGUAACUCAAAGAUACCCUUUUUACCCCUGAAAAAAAUUGUGAGAGACGAUAUCGCAAUAAUCUGGGGCUUCUCUGGCAUAUCCAAAGUGGGCAGAGUGAAGAUCAGCUG